CCCACUCUGCCCGAGCUCUGCCAGCUUUGUAGGCCCUGCAGCAUUUUCCAAGUUGCUCCCAGGCCGGACCCUCGCCCACUUUCCUAGGCCACGCCUCCGCCCAUGGUGCCUUCCUCCUGUCAAAGUUGGAGAAGGGAUGUUAACGAUGCUCUUCUAUGCAUAAUCCCUGAUAUAUACUUUCUUCUGCAACUGAAAUUAGGAGACAGUAGCUCAGUCUGCCCUCACCUCCCGUAACUCAUCUUGCUGGUGACUCAGAAAGUGGAAUGGCUGGGAGGAACCGUCCAAGCCCAGCCCGGACAUGCUAGCCACUGCAGAGUCCAGCUCUAGUGAGCCCGACAAGGAGGUGGCGUCUCCAGAUGCGGUAGCGACAGCCACAUUCUCCUCCGUGGAGGAGCCAGGCCCUAACCCGACACCCAUACCACCAGUGUGGGACCGUGGAGGACCUCCGCAGCAGGUCGCCGCUCCAGCCCCAGACACCUGCCAGCCGGGCUCAACCAGCACAGCUGUGGGGACCAAUGAGGACCUGAGGUUGCCCAGACGACGUCCACCACCAGGAAAACAGAUACCCUGCUCUAGCCCUGGCUGCUGCCUCAGUUUCCCCAGUAUUCGUGAUCUGGCACAGCAUCUCCGUACCCACUGCCCGCCCACACAAUCACUGGAAGGCAAACUCUUCCGAUGCUCAGCCCUGAGCUGCACUGAGAGUUUCCCCAGCAUGCAGGAGCUGGUGGCCCACGGCAAGCUACAUUACAAGCCCAACCGCUACUUCAAGUGUGAGAAUUGCCUCCUGCGCUUCCGCACUUACCGCUCCCUCUUCAAGCACCUGCAUGUUUGUGCAGAGCAUGCUCAGAGCCCAGUCCCACCACCACCCCCUGCCCUGGACAAAGAGCCACCCGUGCCCGAGCGCCCCACAGACUCCGACCCUUCAUCUACUCUGAGCCUGCCUUUCCCUCUACUUGAGCCUUUCACCUCUGCCCCCACUGGGCCCUUCCUUCCCUACUUGAACCCUGCGCCCUUUGGACUGAGUCCCCCGCGACUGCGCCCAUUCCUGGCUGCUGAUCCAGGACCUCCAGCCUCCAGCACUGCCAUCUGGAGAAAGAGUCAAGGUGAGUAUGAGAACCAGUUGCCUGCAAGGCUGAUUGGGCCCACCUUUAUUUACCUGCCUCUUUCCUGCAGGUGCUACUGGAAGUCCCAGAAGACCUCAGGGCGGCUCAGAUGCGCCCUCAGGUGCAUGCAGGUGACGACCAGGGCAGGGUGGAGGGGCCUUCAUUCCUGGGCCUUGCGCCGGCCCUGUGAAUGCCCGGAAGCAGCAGUGCGUGUCCUUUGAAAUACAUGAUUUAUACCUUUCAAAUGCCUGGCACCUAUACCUUCAUCUGCGUCGGCCUUGUGUAAAAACUUGCGCCUUGUCCGUAUCUGAGUGGUCCUAUCCUGCAGAGGUCCAGGGAUGGGAGCCAAACUUGGUGCCUUCAGUGAUUGGCAGUCAAGCCCAGGAGAAAGGACCCAACUCCCUGGACCCUGGAAACUGAGGGGGACGAACGUAGGGAAAAGUCUAAUUUGCCCUGGCCGACAUCCACCAUCCCUGUGGAAAGGUCCUCUGGGGUGGAACCCAGGACUGACCACGGCCUGCCUGCCAGCAGGUACGUGGCCCCCAGCCGCAUCGUGUGGGAACACACGCGUGGCUGCUACUACUUGUGCACGCAGUGUGACUUCUCCAUGGCCUCAUGGCCUACCAUGACACUGCACCUUCAGGACCACCGCCCCAACACCCCCCACAGACCUGGUGCCUGGGUCCCUCCGUGCCGAUGCCCGGGCAGGUAAGGCUGAGGAAUGCUUCAGCAUGAAGCCCGAGGCAAGAGGUGAGGCCCAGGCUCAGCGGCCGCCUCCUCAGCACCACACAGACCCAAUCUCAUUUGCUCCUGCGGUGUCACAACUGUCAGAGGGGGAGCGUCCCAUUUUUUCACAGUUCUGAACCAGCUGUGUUGGCCUGGGUGGGAGAGCCUGCAGAUAUUUUUGUAAUUUGAGGGGGGAGGGGAAAAUAAAGGAGUUGUCUUUGGUCCUG